AUGAAGAACGUCAACGCCUUCCUCCUGAUCCUUGCCUACGCGGCGAUGGCUUCAUCAGCAGCCACGCCUGUCGCUCCUGCCGCUGGUGCAGCAGCAGUCUGUGGCGACCUCGGAAUCCUCAAUAUCGCACCCGGUGACCUGCCAGAAGGUGUUGAGCCCUCCGAGCUCCGCCUCUGUGCUGACCAUCCUAUGGGCCGUAAUCGAACUCUGGACCCUGCUGAGGGCGCAUCUCUAGCCCCCAUGACGGAGGAGGAAGAUUUGGAACCUGACACAACACCAGCAGCAGGUGCUAGUCUAUUCGAAGAGAGGGCCUGUUAUUACAAAGCCCCGUAUGGUUGCUCUCGUGGGUACUGUUGGAAGAGUUGUGGAAAGUCAAGAAGUGGACAAUGGUGUUGGACUGCUUCAGCUGGAGGUGGUGGCCCGUGGAACAAGUGCGACAAGUUUGAAGAUUGUGGAACAAACAGAAUCACCCAAGCUUGUGGAAAUAGCUGUUGGGUCUCACGCGCGUGCGGUUGCAGCUGCUAG